UUCCCGCGCAGAGCCCGUCCCACGGCCCCGCCCCGAGCGGCGGCGGAACUGCGGCUCCCGCGGAGCCCGCGGCCCGGCUGGCGGGGGCGGCGGGGGCGGGCACGGGGCGGGCGCAGCCCCACGCUCGGCCUGCCCGGCCUGUCCCUGUGUGAGCGCGGACACGCUGCUCCGGGUCCCACCCGCCGGGCCGCCCCGGAUCGGGCCCUGCCGACAGCGCUGCACGGACGGGCCGCGCUCACCCCGCGGCGGGCGCUCAGACCUCGGGACAGCCCUGCGCAUCUUCCUGCUCUGCUCGGUACCGGAGCCCGAUUUGGGUAUCAGGAGCUGCCACGAAUCCUCCCUUUGUUGCUACAUCUCUCCUCGGCGCCGAGCCGGCCGGCCGCGGGGGCGGCGCUGGGUGGGCCGGCGCUUCCCCGGGGCUGGGGCGGCUCUGGCUGCAGGGAACGCAGGUGCCGCAGGUGAGGGACCUGCUGCCCUGCGGCUUCAUGCCAAUGUUGUGCUCGGCAGGGCCUGGCUGUCCCCGCUGCUCGGCCGGUGCGGCUGCUCAGGGCACAGGCGUCUCCUGCGCAAUCCGGAGCAUCCCGGCUGCAUCUUCCCAUGUCAGGAUUUGCACCUCCGUGUCCGCGGCGAGAGCCAGCGCCGCACCGGGCUCCAGGCUGCUCGGGCAAGAUGGCGGUGACGUUCGAGGACGUGGCCCUCUACUUCUCCCCCGAGGAGUGGGCAGAGCUGGCGGGCUGGCAGCGGCGGCUCUACCGGGAGGUGAUGCUGGACAACUACGAGCUGGUGGCCUCGCUGGGCUGGGCCGCCGUCAAGCCCGAGAUCAUCUGCAAGCUGGAGCGAGAAGAGGCGCCGUGCGUGCCAGACCCCCCCGGGGUGCGGCGGGGGCACCAGAGCCCUGGCCCAGCCGCUGACCCUGGGACACAGAUGGAGGCAGAUGCCACCCCCGAGGGGCUGCCGGCACCCACCGCCCUGCUCCUGGGGGUGCCCAAGCCAGAUGGGAUGCAGCAAGGGAGCUUGGCGCACAGCCCAUUGGGCCUUAUCCAGGGGUUCCUAUUUGGCCACCCCCACCUCCACCCCCUCCUGACACCCGUGCCGCUGGAGAGGAGCCCCUUCCCAUGCCCUGAGUGUGACAAGAGCUUCAAGCACCAGGCGUCUCUGGCCGUGCACAUGCGGAGCCACCGGGGCGAGCGGCCCUUCAGCUGCACCGACUGCGGCAAAAGCUUCGUCCACAAGCAUCACCUGCGGAGCCACCGGCGCCUGCACACCGGGGAGAAGCCCUUUGCCUGCAGCCACUGCGGCCAGCGCUUCAGGGAGAAGAACCACCUGGUCAAGCACCAGCGCAGCCACACCGGGGAGAAGCCCUUCACCUGUGCCGACUGCGGCAAGAGCUUCAACCGCAAGGGCACCCUCAUCACCCACCAGCGCAUCCACACCGGGGAGCGCCCCUUCUCCUGCCCGUACUGCAGCAAGAGCUUCAGCCAGAAGGGCGACCUGAUCAACCACCAGCGCAGCCACACCGGGGAGAAGCCCUUCACCUGCGCUCAGUGUGGCAAGAGCUUCAGCCAGAAGGGCAACCUGAUCACCCACCAGCGCAUCCACACUGGGGAGCGCCCCUUCCACUGCCCCGACUGCGGCAAGAGCUUCAGCCACACCGGUGACCUGACCAAGCACCAGCGCAGCCACACUGGGGAGAAACCCUUUGCCUGCCCCGAGUGUGGCAAGAGCUUCAGCCAGAAGGGCAACCUGAUCGCCCACCUGCGCAUCCACACCGGGGAGCGUCCCUUUACCUGCCCUGAGUGCAGCAAGAGCUUCAGGGACAAGAUGACCCUCACCGUCCACCAGCGGGUGCACACCGGCGAGAAGCCCUACAAGUGUGGGGAGUGUGGCAAGACCUGCAGCCGGUUACAGAACCUGAAGAGCCACCAGCGGGUGCACCGGGGCCCGUCGGCGCUGCCGGAGGGUGACCAGCAAGAGAGGAGGAGGCUGCUCACGGUGGGGGGACGGGCAGAGGCCAAGUCCUUCCAGUUCAGCGGCUGCGAGAAGCGGUUUCCGUCCGAGGGGCUCACGUUGGGCCACCGGUGCCCCCACGGCACUGUCAUGGCCCAUUUGGUGACAGACUCGUGAUGCUUCCUUUACCUUGAUCUCAAAGCGCAAAAUUAAGGCAACCAAAAUGCCAAGGGGUUAUAAUUCAGUCAAACAGUGUUACUUUAUUAUUUUGCCCGUAAAGUGGCACGCUCUAAAGUAGAGAAAAAAGGAAAGAAAAAGGGGGAAAGAGAGUUGGUUACCAGCACGGGUCCAAAGGCGUCCCGAUGGCCCCACAUCCCGAGCAGCGUCCUGCCGGUCCUCCGUCAUGAUCCGUGAUCCCUUGGUGGGGAGAUCUCCACGAUGUCCGGUCAGGAACCAUCUUUCUGUGUCUUCACCCCCGCUCACCCCCCUGGGUUGAGGCCAAUCUCCACCUUUGUUUCGCAAUCCAGGCUUAACUGCGCAGGCUCAAAGAAUCUCCGCUUUGCUUCCAGAACCCGUCUGCGCUUGCGUGGCCGCGCGUCCAGGGGUCUCUUCCUUUGGGUGACCUCAGGACCCUCGGCGAGCCUCUGCGCAUGUUCUUCUUCAUUGGCUUAGUAAGAGGGGGCACGUUUGGUGGGGGGCAAGUUGGGCUGAAGCAGCAGGUGAGAAUGCAUCUUCUGGACAGCAGCUGUCAUCCCCAGGUCAGAGAGCUGUAUAACACAAUUCCUCUCCUCAGGCCUCUCUCCAGGUCACUGUCCGUCUGUUCCUGAUGGCGAUGUUCAGGCAGACACUGUUCUUUGGACCCAGCUGCAUCCUGGGGGGACAAGCUAACGGGAGUCUUCAGCACAGGGGGAGGACAAUCCGGUUACAGGCAGCUCAGCAGUCUGAGCCUCGGCCAGCUCAGCGUUCUAGCCCAAAGGCAAAAAGUGCACAGCGAGGUAGACUCGAGCCUUCAUCCCAAAGACCCCAGCCCGUGGCCACCAGGAGACUCUGCCCAGGAGCAACAGGGAGGAGCUGAAAGUGGAGACUAUGGAACUGAUUUCUUGGAACUCAUUUUAAUAAGAACCGCUUUUUUGGGCGGGAAGCGUUAAUGAAAAGGACACCAGCUAAUUGUGAAGGCACCCGGUGCAGCCCCAGCUCCCGUCUGUCCCGCCCCAGUUGUGUUCGGGCUCAGCCGUGGGUACGAGCUCCGGUGGCACCGUUGGGAGAGGAGAAGGCGGCACCUUCCCCACGGCAAUUCUGAAGAGAACCCGGGAAAACACAGCAGAACGUGGGAGGGAAUUCAGUCCUGGUGGCACCUGGUCACUUGUUCCUAUAACCAGCGCACAGCGAAGCCGCGGCGGUUGUUUUGCCACCCGCGGCGCUGGGGUCGGCGUCACAGCCCAGCUCCUGCACGGGUUCAGUCCCCGGGAACUGUGCGCUGGGCGCGAGAACUGGGGUACGGGCCGCAAAAAGCAGUAAAUGGCAACUGGUGCUGUUGGGAGAGUCAUGGAGUCAUUUUGGCUGGAAAAGCCCCUCAAGAUCACGGAGUCCAACCAUAACCCACCCCAGCACUGCCCCAUGUCCUGAGAACCUCAUGUCCGUCUGUCCAGCCCUCCAGCGCUGGUGACUCCAGCACUGCCCUGGGCAGCCUGUUCCAAUGCCCCACAGCCCUUUGGGGAAGAAAUUGUUCCCAAAUACAACCUCAACCUCCCCUGGCGCAACUUGAGGCCGUUUCCUCUGCUCCUGGCGCUUGUUCCUGGGGAGCAGAGCCCGACCCCCCUGGCUCCAAGCUCCUUUCAGGCAGUUCAGAGAGCAAGAUGCUUGUAGAGAGCGACGCAUGUUUUGUAUGGGAACCACCAGGAUUUAUUCGUGUAACACAAUUAAGGGCCAAGACGUUUGUCUUGAUACUGAAUAAAAUGUUUGUCAUUUGAAAUGCAUGUAUUGCAAAUAGACGUGUUUGUAUGAGGUUAUUAUUACUAACCCUUGUGGUUCCAUUUGUACAGACUGCAGAGCAGCCUGGCAGCAAUACGGGCGGCAGCUGAAACCUUUUGCGUGUCUCCCAGCCCUGGGGAGAAGGGUCGGGUGAUUCCCUCCGGCUUCUGCUUCAUGACGCCGCUUCAUCAUCACCCCUCGGUAAGAGAACCGGGAUUUGGGGGUAUUUUUCUGUCUGGGUGACUGGCACGGGGUACUGAGUGGUGUUGGUCAGACUCAGGCCAGGCACAGCACAAUGCAGCACGUUGUGCCUCUUCGGAGCAGCCACAGCAUUGUCCUUUUAAAUACUCUCUCACUUCAUCAGGGUCCUGCAGUUGUUCCGGAGCAAAGCUCCAAACCACUGGAGGUGACAAGUUCUCUAGAUACAGCUUAUGGUCUCCACACGCCGUGGGCCAGGACGCGGGUGAUGCUCUUAAGAGAUCGUAUUGGAACCCUGCACAUAACCUGCAGCACAUUCGGGGUCACGGCAACAGGAGCAUGCGAGCUUGAACAGCGCCAGGCUGCUCCGGGUUCUCAGAAGUGAUUCACCUGGCCUGAAGGGGAAGGAGGUGAGAGAGCGGGGAGAAAUACCCACACCCCAUUUCCCCAUAGAUCGGGCGUGAUUAAUAAUCGGCUCCGAGAGAUGGCACCUGAGGAACAGAAAUGACAACACCACCUGAAAAUAACAACCCAGGUGCAUCACAACAUACGUUAUUGUAUCAUAAACUGAUAUCACACAGGACAGCAAUGUGAUAACCCACAUCCUUCUCCCACAGGUGCUGAGCAGCACUGCAGGGGAUGCACAGAACUGACAUGAUUCAGCCCAGUGGGCCCAUGGUGCUCAGGCCACCAAGGAAGGGAUGCCACACAGGACGGGCUCGUGACCCAGGGGCGGACUUGCCCACGGGCACUAUUGCACAGGUUGCCCGUGGCUGUGAAACGCGCUGCAAUCAAGCAAGACAAGCGGUUGAAGGCUCUGCGGGGUGGGGGAUGGGGAAGCAGAACUGCUGGUUUGGCUGGGACAGAGUUAAUUCUCCUCCCAGCAGCUGGUACAGGGCUGUAUUUUGGAUUUAGUAUCAUCAGAGUGCUGAUAACAUGUGAAUGUUCUGGGUGCUGCUGAGCAACGUUCACACCAAAUCCAGGAUUCUUCAGCGAGGAGACUGGAGAGGCACAAGAACGGGGAAGGAGGGGAGAGGAGUGAAGGCACAUCAUUCCAAAGAGAGAAGCAGCAAUGUGCUUGGCGGAGACCAAACAAUCAUUGGAUAGAGGUCAGUGAAAUCAAAGGAAUUUCAUCAAGUUUAACUGCGGUACAACAAAGUUAUUUAGUUUCACGGCAGGUUCAACUGAUUAAUUCCUGCACAGAAGAAUUGUACAAAGGAAAAGUGAGAUUGACACAGAGACCAGAGAACCAAAGAGUAAAGCAGACAAAAGUUAUAACAAUUAUUAUAGUAAUUAAUAUGGAACCAUGUAGCCACAUGGCUUAGUAACGUUUCAUCAGCACCCAUUGUCUGCUCCUUGAUAGAUGAGUCUUGGAGAAGUCGCCCACUCUUCACACAUCGCUGGCGUGACCCGAGUCCCGAGCUCAGGCAUCGGUGCUCAGCGUCGGAUGGAGCCUCCAAUUCCAAACUCCUGUUGCUGUGGGGCCCAUCCAGAAGGAGUUUCCCACCAGUGACGUUCUCCAUCCUUCUCCACGGCCUCCAGGACACGCUGUAUCUUCUCUGCACCGUGAUGCGCGGUCACCAGGGGUCUUGGUCCACUGUGCCCCAUUCGUUUCAGCAACUGACUCGGGUCACUGUUUGCAACACUUUUCUCAGCACUGUGGGUUCAUCUCAGCAGAGGUUGGGAACAAAUCUGGAUACAAUGGGUAGGUGGAUUGUAGGAGCUGGUGGGUUAUGACAGCACCUGAACAGUUGAAAUCACAUCCCGUAGGCUCAGUAAAAUUACAGAUGCAGAUAACAGA